CCAAUAAAAAUCCGAUGUGAAAAGCAAACUUCCUCUGCCAAUGGCGGAACCGGAAGUGUCGCCGGUCUCCGUCGGGUGAGGUUAGAUGUAAACAAAAACAAUGCUGUCAGUUUUUGUGAGCAUGCAAAGCCUGCAAAGCAAGUGGUAAAAUUUUUAGUACAGUCAAGUAGCGGUGAAUGGUGUAACGACGAAAGAAAAUUUAAAAUUCGUUAAAAAAACAGAAAACAGCACGUGUUUAAGCAAAAGACCUGAAAUUUUGAUGCUCGAUAUUUUUGUUCCAGAUACAGAUGCUCAGAUUUUUUCAAGGGAAAACACAGAUUUAAAUGUGGCUACCCUGCUUCAGACAUUAAAUACUGGUAGGAAACUUUUCUGGAUCGUAGGAAACUUUUCUUACAAGCCAUGGUAUUGAAAACCACCGUUUUGGUAGUAAAGUCUGUGGUCUAUGCAACAUUAUUUCGGUUAAUAAACACACCGAAACCGGACAGAACUGACAGAAAACUUCGAACAAUCAAGGGUGAAGGAAAUAAUGAAAUUCAUCAAAAUAGCGAGAUUAACACCAUGAAGCACGUUGAAGCAAAUUUCCAGAGGGUAAUCAUUGGUUCCACAAGCUCCUCUAGCCAUAAAAACAAAAAAUAUAACAACAACGAUGACAGUUUCACCAGUUUGAAAACAGUGCAGUUCUAUUUUUUUCAUUUUACCUGGUUUACAGUGAAAAACAAAAUGAAUAUUUCCCAAAUAAACGAAGAUUCCAAAAGCUGCGAAGAGGAGAGUUUCAUUAAAGUCGAAGAAACACGCUUAAAUGAGCCGGUCGAUCAACCGAAUAACAUCCACCCGGACCUUUCGAUUGAUGAGAACAAACCGUACGAUUGCAAGAUCAGUGGCGUGCAGCAGAAAGCUAAUCAUCACUCCGGCAAGAAGUCUCUCGACUGUAAUGAAUGUGGAAAGAAGUUCCCCUACCGGAGUUCACUUAUUGAGCACAAGCUCACUCAUUCGGAUAAUGAUGGAUCUUUUGGCUGCGACAUCUGCAACAAAAAGUUCAAGGAAGAGGAGAUUUUGACGCGGCACCUAAAAAAGCACGAGAAGAAUGUUGAAUGUGAUGUCUGCGGAAAACGCUUUCUUUAUCCAUGUCAACUGAAGCAGCACGCGCAGAUUCACUUUGAUGAGCCGACCGAACGAAAGAUCAUAUGUGAGAUUUGUGGGAAAGCGUUCACGACUCGGUACAAUCGAAACGUGCAUCUGAAGGGGCACAAAAAACCUUUCACGUGUAACAAGUGCUCGAAAACAUUCCUUAACUAUAAAUCACUAUGCGCACAUAAGCCCGUACAUUCCGAUAAGCAAGCUUACAAAUGUGAAAUUUGCGGGGAAAGUUACCAAAAAAGUUACCUCAAGAUUCAUAUGCGAAUGCAUGCUGGCAAUCAACGCUUCAAAUGCGAAGUAUGUGGGAAAAUCCUUUCGUCCGCAAACACCCUCGAAAUUCACACGAGGUUUCAUCGCGGCGAAGAGCCUUACAAGUGCGAGAUUUGCGACUUAAGUUGCGCUAGCAACUCUUCUUUGAAGAGACAUUUACGAACGCAUACUAAAGAGGAUCCAUUCGGUUGCGACAUUUGUGGUAAACGAUUUGCAGCGAAAUGCAGCCUGAAAUAUCACAUGGCAGUGCACAAAAAUAGUCGGCCCCACCAGUGUAGCAUCUGCGGGAAAGGAUUUAUUACCGCCACGAGAUUGUUAGUGCACACGCGCAUGCACACCGGCGAACGACCAUAUAAAUGUUGCAACUGUGACAAAUCUUACAGUUCGACGCGAAGCUUGAAAUGUCAUUUGAUGAAUGCCCACAGUAGUGGGAAUGAUAUAGCUACGACGAAAAGUAGUAAUGAAUGAGUAAAGUCAACUUUCUAGUUAGUUGUAAACUAAGUGUUUAGUAGCGUGCGCCCCUUCAAAGUCCUACAAAUUAAAUAAAAAUCUUCAACUCUCAACGAACUAC